UUAUUGUACCUAUAAUGUUCUUAUCGUUUUGAUAUUUCAAAACGUGAAUAUCAUACAUGUUCUGAUGAAGUUGUAUUGUCACUUUCAUGAAUACAAAAUGUGAAAUUCCCAUUCAAUAUAACAUAUUCACGGUGAUAAGGUGAAAAGCUAAGGUGUAUUAAAAUCAUACCAUUUGGUGAAUAUGAUGUAGGUACUAUUGAGGUUGUAUUGUCACUUCCUAGAAUAUUCUCUGACAUAUUUACGCUGCUACUUGAGGUCUCACAACAUUGCUGCAUGUACAGGCAAAUGCAAAAAUAACUAAUUUACAAAAGGUAUUAUUGCCUUAAUAUUUAAUACAAUGUUGAUAUGAUCUUGUUGAGUAAUAAGAAAAUCUCACCUAAUUUUUUAAUCCAGCUGUUUCAUAUAGAUUACAUAUGGAUGAAGAAAGUACCCAGGCACCAUGACAUGAGUAAGCAGCCAAAACUACUGGGCACAAUUUAAAUAUAAUAGAUUUCUCUGCGGUACACCAGUUCACUUAACAAUGCUUUUACAAAAUAUGACAUUCCUAUUCAAGGUGACAUAAUCACAGUAGUAAGGUAAAAAAUUAGGCUGUUUGAUAUUAAUAAAUUAAUAAAUAAGAAUAUAUGUGUCAGUGCUGAAUGAAAAUUUAGGCCUAUUGCUUUAUCAUUUAUUGGUUUUGCAGACUCACUCAAACACUUUUACAUGAACAUGAAAGGUAUAUAAUAUAGUAUGCUAUUUGGCACCAUUAAAACACAAGUGACUAUAUUGUUCUACUAAAGGAUAUGGCUAUUAAGAUUAAUGUUAAUAAUUAUUUGCUUAAGCAUUGCAUAUGGUUAUUACUGUGGGAUAUUUAUUCAGUUUUGAAACACGACAUGUUUCAAAUGUUGUUACUUGUACAUCUUCACACGAUAUAAAAGGAGAGCAAUUCCUUGUUAUUACUGUGUUAUGUUAUAAUCCUUAAACGUGUAUUUCGUCAAAGGGUUGGUAUUUUAACGCUGAGAUAUUUCUGUAAGUAUCCAUCGUCCUGUAACCGUUUAUUUAGUCAUGCAUAAGUAAUUUGAUGUCUCUUCUAAUAGAAACUGAAUAGAUACCACUUACUUUACCUGUUGUUACAAAUUCGGGAAGUGAUUACGGCAUGCAUUGUUAUGCUCUAUUUGAUCUUAAUUAGAAGUAUGUUUCUUCAUCGUUUAACAUGCAGACGUGUAUGUAAUCUAGAUUAACAUGGACAAACUAUCGGCCAGAUCGACACAACACCGACUAAAACGCAUCGGCGAAUUGGAGGAACGUAUGUUGGGCAUCGUUAAGAAGAUGGUUUUAUCAUGCCUCACUGCACUGAAUGAAAGGACAUAUUGAUUGUUCGUGUGAGAGGCACUCGAUAUGUCAUAACAGCCCAGUGCAUGGGAUUUGCUGAUGGUAUAUUCAUAACCGGACAAUCUCAAACAGGAAACAAGUUAUCACUUCCGGGCUACAAGUCUUUCAUGUACCCCUCACAGUUCGAAAUGGACCCAGAUAAAAGGCAACGACUACGCAAGAACCAUGUUACGUUGAAAAAUAGCCUGCAGGCACUCCCUCUUCUGGACAGAUUGUAUGAAAAGGGUAUGCUCAGUGAUGAUGAAUGUGACACUGUUCGUUCAUUGUCACCACAGUCGGAGCAGAACCAUUACAUCCUGGGUUGUCUCAAGAGAAAGGGAAACGAUGGCUAUAUGGUGUUUUGUGAAAUUCUUCAGACAUUACGACCUGACCUAUACACUCUUCUACAAGACACACAACUCGACCAAGAUAUCACAGGAGAGAAGAUCACGGACAACAUGUUUUUCAACCCUUCUGAUGAUUUUGAACUGAGAUCUGUGAUAGACAAAAUUACUUGUGACAACAAGAUCACUACCGAGCAGCUUGAGAGGAUGAAGCAUUUCGUGAUAGGAGAAAAUGGAUGCCCAGAGGAGAUAAUUGAGAAGUUCAACAAUCCAGCCAGAUUCUUUAGACACCUUAUGACAACACGAAUCCUUAAUCGAUACAACUUGACAUUUCUUCAGGCUUUGCUAUACCGUGUUGGGCUCAAAACACAAUGCAGUGUUGUAGCCGCUUAUGCUCGAUCAUGUGCACAUCAACCAAUUCAUUUCUUCACGCCAAAAGAGAAGCCAGAAAACGGUUUCACCUUUUCACAAUUCCAUGUCAAAGGGAGCGGUGACAAUUUUAAAAGCAUCUCCAUUGAGGACAUAUGUAUGCGUAUCGCUAGAUACGUAGGGGUGCCACCGUCCUGUGUUACCCUGGCAGGGGUGGAACCUUCUGAGAGCAUCAUCAUCACCAUCAUGUUACCCGUAGAAGCGGCUGAUUUGCUGAUCCAAAUUGAUGAUUUCUGCUGGCUAACAGAUAUGGGAGUUGAUUAUAUCAUUCAAGGAUCCGGAAGGAAGGUCACAGUAUCAAAAGGUAAUAUUGCCGACGGCAGCGACAAUUCGGACAUCCAAAGAUUAACAGAAGAGUUGAGAAGGCACAUGGAAUCGGAACAAAUGGUGAAGCACUGUCUUUGGGAGACUCAAACGUCAAACGAAACGUUGGAAGACAUACUGCAAGAAAAGGUCAAGUGUCUUCAGACAAUCAAAGUCACCCUCACAGAACAACAGAUAUGGAAUAACAGGCUUUUUCAUGCGUUGAUGGUCAGUCUGAAUUACCAGGCACAACAAAUAUCGUACAUAAGAGCUUUACCCCACUCGCCAGACAUUUAUAUCUUCAGACAACAGCAGUUCAGGGAUAGGUUUGCAGAUGCUGUUGAAAGGGCAAAGCAAUCGUCUAAGGACCAUAAUGCCAUUCAGGAGUUGAUUGAAGCCACGCGACAACUUGAGUGGAACUCGGGGAGAACAGAAGUUGAAAACCUCAUAACAACAUCGAUGGUGUCCCUUCAAGCUGUCCAUACCAACUUUGAAAAUGCUGCCGCAUACAUGUCCGCUGCGAAGAGCCUCGAUGUCAAACUGGAACCACUCGAUCUUGAAGUUCUGCGGUCAUAUACAAUCGCAAUCUACAUGAUUGUUGGCGUUAUGUUUGUUGACAAGCUAUUACAGGAGAUUGUGUAUGACUUUGGAAAACGAAUAGACGAUGAAGAGAGAAGCAAAGUGUGUGCUGAAUUCAAAGUUCCUGAAAAUAUGCAAAUGCCUGACAUCAGACAUAGAAUAUAUGAAUUCAUCCUUUUUAUCAGAGUUAGAAAAGACUGGGCGGACCGACAACGAUGAAAUGGAGCGAAUAAUGCAGGCGGCGCUCAAAGCAACAGGAAGGAAGGAUUUAUGGGAAGAAUUCAAGCGUCGAAACCGACUCAGACUGAACGUUCUUGCAAAGGAAGCGGAAAGCAAGAAACAGGCAGAUAUUGUUCACAGACUUGAUAAAAUGGAAAAGAUGCUGCAAACAGCAGUAGGACAGAGUUUAAUAGGCAACAUGGGGGGGAGCGGGGCUAGGACCGAAGGUGGCAGAGAUGAAGAUACCAGAGAUGCAGCAGCUUCAAAACAUACUUAGGCAACAGUUUUCUUCAACGGCGGCUGGUCAAGGGAUCAUAUAACGGUUCAUUGUCAACUAGCAUGGUCAUCCAUGUGUCCAGAUUGAGAGAUCAAGCUGCUUUCGUUUGUUACAUCCUUGGUGUAUUCAAUAUUAUGUUAAGACUGUUAUGUAUAUCGUGUUGAAAACGAUAAUGGUCUGUUCAAUUGUAUUAUUUCAUGUGAAAUCAGGUCUCAUGCAAGUAUAUGAUAUCCACAAACCUCCUUACAGGCAAUUUCCAUUUGAACAAACAAACCUUCGUAAAAGUUUUGCUUAUCACAUUCCUUAUUACAAACAUUCGGCGUCAGACAAGAAAAAAAACAUCCGUUAUGUUUGGCUGAUGAUACUAGAAUUAGCCCAAUAAAUAUAGUGAAAUAUAUGUCUUUAACGGAGGUAAUAUGACAGGAUAUGUAUCCUGAAAAGUUCAAGGUACCAAGGAAAUGAAAGUAGUAAAGUAUGAACGGUAGUCUCGGCUGGGUGACUCAAGAAUGCUGUCAAUAGUCAAACUGAUUGAUCCCACUUGCGGUAGCACAAAAGGAGUUUUGUUGGCUCCACAAUCAUACCAAAGAGCCUAGAAAGUAGGCCUCAAAUACCCCCAAACCACCAUCUGAACCAUCUGAGUGCACAAGACUUGACAUUAUUAUGAAACAGAAAUUAUUCAUAUUAAAUCAUUUAUGUAUGACUGAAUGAAUGCCAAAACCUAUAUAUGAUAAAGAAUAUUAUUGAACUUUCAUCAUGAGAUAGAGCGAAGCUGCAGACGUCUGCCGUGUUAAGAUGCAAAAGGGUUUAAUCCAAUAGCAAUACACCCUGAGCUACACCCCUUUAAAACACUGUGAAUAUGGCUUACUCAUAAUAUUCUACUUUAAACCAUGAUCUACGAAUAAACUGGCACAAAUACUGUAAGUGGAAUAUUGCACUGAUUCCCGAAAAAUGAAUUUUAGAAGUGCAUGAUUAUGACGAAUUCAUAACUCCAGUUCAGUUACAUAAUACGUGAAAAAGUUCAUUACUUAAUUGGUCACGAUUUUCUACCCAUUGGAAUCUGUUUCGUUGUAUAUUCCUUAUUGCUUAUUCUCUGGCGUUAACAUUAUAUAUCAUAAAUAUAUAAAACGAUAGGAAUGAUGGUCAAAACUCCGUAUGUGAACAUGCUCUUUUUGUCUCUUUAGGUGUAAUGAAAACUAAGCAUAUUCAUAAGCGACGUGCAACGGUAGUGUUUGCGUCAUCAUUAUGCGUAUGGUGUAAUACUUUGUGACAAAAGAGGAGAGGGGCCUCCUGUAUCUGACGUCACGGUAACAAUUGUGGUAGACGUUAAUGCAUGUUGUCAGCUAGCAGACUUAGCUAGUGUUUGGAAGGUUUGAAAAAUAUACUUUUGAAUUAAGCUUAGGUUUCAAAUGCUCCAUGAAGGUUUAUGCUGUUUCCAUUCGCACAUGUUAUAGAUAACAGUUAUUUCCCUUAUGCGCGUUUCAACUUUGUCUUCAGAGAGUGAUUAGUUACAGAUGAUACUGUGACGUAACUUUGUAACGUUUACAAUCACUGUGAGGUAGCGUUGCCAUUUCGUCACAUUAACGGCUUACAAUGACAGUGGUUAAUACAAUGUUUCAAAUACAUGUUUACCUAUUCAAAGAUUGACACAACUUUGUAAUGAAUCAGUUUUCCUUUGCUUUACACUACUUUGUAUCAGCUGUAUACAUUUUCAGAAAAGGAAGUAUCUUCAAUAUUAUUUCCAGUCGUAUUGAGCAUUAAUCGUGGUAUUGUA